AUGUCUGUCAUCUCCACACGUGGCGACGAUAGUCAAACGAGCGAGGACGUUGAAUUGACUCAGCUUGUCUACUCGAUACGAAUCGAAAAUCACCAAGAUGAUAACCCAGUUCCCUUUGGAAUUCCUGUUUAUUGCGAUGCAGAGCAAACAACAUUCGAAGAAGUCGCCGGAAUUUGUGCUAACAAAGAUGAUCAAAAUGCCAAGUCGCUAACGAUUCGUUCAUUCACUACCGGACUGAUAUUUCUUGAUGGAAUGUCAUUCUAUCAGAUGUGGUAUUAUAUUACUAAUCUAUACGCCCCAUACAAAACCGUUAAAACAGAUUCCGGUGCAAGAACUUCGAUUGAAAUCAUUCAUAUUUUAACGAUUUCUAAUGAUUAUUCCGAUAAAUCCGUUAAAACAGAUUCCGGUGCAAGAACUUCGAUUGAAAUCAUUCAUAUUUUAACGAUUUCUAAUGAUUAUUCAGACAAAACCGUUAAAACAGAUUCCGGUGCAAGAACUUCGAUUGAAAUCAUUCAUAUUUUAACGAUUUCUAAUGAUUAUUGA